AGCCGGCUCGGGCCCCGGCCUGGGCCGCGACGAUGUCUCGCAAGCAGGCGGGCAAAGCCCGGCCGGGGAAGGCGGAGACGGAGCGGAGGCGGGACGAGCGGGCGGCGCGGAGGGCGCUGGCUCGCGAGAGGCGGAACCGGGCCCCGGCCGAGGGCGAAGGCGGGCUGGCCGGGCAGCUGCAGGCGCUCGGGCUGCGCCUCAGGGAGGUGCCGGGCGACGGGAACUGCUUGUUCCGGGCUCUGGGGGACCAGCUCGAAGGCCAUUCCCGAGACCACCUCAAACACCGCCAGGAAACGGUGGACUACAUGAUAAAACAGCGGGAGGACUUUGAGCCCUUCGUAGAGGAUGAUGUGCCGUUUGAGAAGCAUGUUGCCAAUUUAGCCCAGCCGGGGACUUUUGCUGGAAAUGAUGCAAUUGUAGCUUUUGCAAGGAACAAUCAAGUGAACAUUGUCAUCCACCAGCUCAAUGCUCCUCUGUGGCAGAUCCGUGGAACAGACAGAAGCCGCGCGCGGGAGCUACACAUCGCGUAUCGGUAUGGAGAGCACUACGACAGCGUCCGAAAGGUCAAUGACAACUCCGAGGCUCCUGCCCGGCUCCAGACGGAGAUGCUGUGCAAAAACGAGUCUAACAAAAAAGAGAAAAUCCACCUGGGGAAGAAGGAGGAGGAGGAGGAGGAGCAGGGAUCUGCAGAGGAGACGCAAGACGAAAUAGAGGACGCCGUCCAGAAAGUUCGGAAUGCAACCGGCUGCCUGGACGCUGAUUUAAUUGCCCACAUCCUCGAAGCAGAGGACUACAAUAUCGAGUCUGCAAUAUUUGCUGUUUUUCAGAUGAAUGAGGUGAAAAGGCUCCAUGCCGAGGAAGCCCAGGAGGCCCAGGCGAACCGGCAGAAACUGCACUCCAGGCCGGCCCUGUGGGAAGAGAACGGAAGUGGUGCCAGGAUUUUUGGAAGCCAGGACGUGGAAAACAACAAGCCGCAAGCGAGCCCAGCGGAAGGGAAGCAAGCCAACGCAAAGCAGCAGGCUCCAAAGGUAUCCAACAAGCAGAAGAAGGAACAGCAAAGGCUGGAGAAGAAGCGGCGCCAGGAGGACCGGCACCGGCAGAAAGUCCUGGCCGGCAGGAACAACAACGCGGACAAUAACAAGAACGAGACGGACUCUGAGUUGCAGGUCACCCUGGUGAAGACCUUUGCGGCGCUAAACAUCUGACUCAAUGGCAUUUGCCGGUUUUGGUGGGUUUUUUUUUUUGAAAACAUGUUGGGGGGGAAAGAUGAAAUUAUGGACCCUUUACUUUGCAUGGCAAAACCGCCCUCUUCAGAGCAAAAACGCCCCACUCUGGUCUGUCUGCUUGGCUGCGGAGCUGAUUGGUCAAUGGCUGUGGUCGUGAACGCCAGGCAGCUACAGCGCUGGAGCAUGAACGGCAGCAGGGGCCCGGAGGCUGAACACCCCCCCACCCCCACCCGGCACCACAGGUCUUCCGAAUCUUCCUGAGCCGCCUCCCGUUCUUCUGAUUUUACAACACUGCUCCGCAGCGGCGUUGACGUUUCUUUACUCAGGAAGGCGCCCGUCUCUUUUGCGAAGCCAAUAGAAAAACUGUUCCCGAGUUCAUAUCCCAAAGUGAAACCGAACUGCCAAAGGUUGUCCUGAGCCUCUCGGGGCUGCUGUUUUCCUUUCUUUUCUUUUCUUUUUUCUUAAUUGCAAUUCUCAUAUGUUCUCGACAGUGACCCACCUUUCUGCUUCAGUUGAUGGAAAUGAAGCUGGCUCAUGAGCGAAGGGGAAGUCAAGGAACAAAUCCUCUACAAACAGGAAACUUAAUUCUACACCCAGCUUGUAAUCUAGGUCAGCGGGGGUGUGGGGGUGUUAAAUUCCACAUCAGCAUCCCCUGAAAGAACAGCAGGGAGGCCGCCUGCUUUGCUGUGACUCACUCCUGUUCUGGGUAGUAUGGGUUGUUCCCAGUCCUACCUCUAAUGAGGAGUGGCGACGUGGCUUCAGCGAUACGCCUUCAGCUUGGUGCAGCUCUGAGUGGGCACCGGCCAGGUCUCUGUGGCUGUGCGUGGGAAGAAGACCCAGAUCUGGGUGGGGUGGGGCUGCUCCUGUGAGAUUUCGGUCCUGCCCCUCUUACGUGGUAAAGGCGUCUUCUGAGCUGGGACUGGGCAGGGGUGGGUGAGAUGGUUAGCCAUGAAACGCAGGGCUUCCAAAGCGUCGCCGCUUAUCCAGCGAUAAGGUGACCAAGUUCGCCUGGCACCACGAGGACACUAGAAUCUCAUACAAACAAGGCCACCCAAGGUGUGCUUUUCCCUUUUCAACCUCUGAAGCUCCUUUUAUUCCAGCGGGCCACAGGCCUUCAUCCAAAGACGACAAGGACUCAAACCCUUCUCAGCCUCCAAGUUAAAUUGAUAGACUCAGUUACGUUGACAAAAAAGUCCUGGUUGCACUAUUUCCUUGUUUUGCUCCCUGAAAAAACACACAUUUUCCUCCAGAGAGAGUUUAUUGUUAUUUUUAAAAAAAACUAAUUUCAGCAGUUAUCAGGUUUCACUGGAUGGAAACCAGGGAGUUAUAUUCAUUGAGGGGUGUUUUUUUUAAAGAAAAGUAUAGUGUGUACUCUAGAGCUGCCAUACAGAGUGGAUCUUGUGUGCCUUUACUGGUUGGUUAGAAAGGAGAAUUUUGUUAAAUGCAGCUUUUCUCAUUGUUGUGCUGCAACAGAGAGAAAAUGUAACACUCGUCUGACAAUGGUUUGGGGAUAGGAUUUUGUCACUGGUAUCUAUUAGCCAACUGGUGGAUUUGUCUGAUGUCACUUCCUUCAGGCCUGGGACUGAGGCUGCAGCUGUAGCACAUGCCCUUCUCUGUGCCCUCAAGUCUAGGCUCACAGGACAGCUUGGCUGGGGUUCCCCUGACAUUUUCACAGCAUCAAGAAUCUGGCCUGCUAUUCAGCUACGCCACGAACCAUUUCCCUUUGUUACGUCAGACACAAGCAGUCACUGAUCAUCCUCAAAUCUCUGAUAAAGGGAGGCUUAGCAGAGAUCCGGGUAUAAUACCAUUAGAGGCUAUAUAGAUACAAUACGAUGGAUUAAGGGAGGGAGGAAAUGUUCUGUACCUUUGCGGUCGUCUCAAUAAACGUGUCCUCAUUGAGGCUAUUGACGAGUUAAA